AUGAGAAAUGCCUUCGGGCUCAAGCUAAUCCACCUAUUCUUCAACAUCCCCUUCUUAUGCUUACAAAGAGAAACACUUCUCAGACAAAUCGACACCAACCGCCAAGAAAUUAUUAGCAGCUAUGAGGAGCUGGACUUAUAUCAGGAGACACCGGAAGCCAAUUAUGAUAGUUUUAUCGAGCAAAUAACACAAAAGAGAAGAGUAGCCGCCGAGCAACAAGCACGGACGGGAGUUAUGGCAGCCGCGACAGGCCGGGGGCCAAUGGGCGGGGGGACGAUGCCCCCAGGCUUCAUUCCAGCAUCUCCGGUCAAGAAACCCACAACCAGCCGAAGCCCGUCCGGCCAGCAUUCUCCAAACGAUGGCUCGGCUGCUUCAGCAAGGCGCCACUCCUUUGAAAUGGUGGAUGCAAAUGGGAUAGGCCCUGAAUCAGAAAACGACGAACCGACGUACGACAACAUCCCACAUCGCAAUACCGCCCAAUUUCGACCAGCGGACAGUGAUGACGAGGAAAAUACAAUGGUCCGUAGGGAUGAAGAUGAUUUUGAAGAAACGGAUGACCUACGCGCAAGAAUGAACUUGAUGGCUGUGGAACAAACACGAAGAGAAAAAGAAAAAGAACUUUUGGAAGCAAAACAAGACUAUGAAGCCAGGCAAAGGGAACUAGAGAUGCCAAUUGCCAGUAAUGUUCCGACACCCGUUGCUAUUGAUGUGCCGCUGCCUAAUAUGAGCCCAACCUCGGAUCAAUUAGCUGAGUCACCGAAUUCGCUACGGGGGAAAAGUCCUGCUCUGCCAGCUACGACUGCAACGAAUUUUACUGCUGAAGAUUUGGAUGCAUGGUUAGGAGGCGGCGAUUCAAAUGAGACAACAUCAAAACAUAAUGCUUUGGACGAAAGUUCCGAUGAAGAAAUCGGAAUCAAAAUAGAGGGAAAGCUUGAUGAUGACGAUGAUUUCAAUCCACUUCACACCCCCAAAAUACAAGCCGAAAAGAAAAAGAAAACAACGGCGCUCCAGCUGGAUCUCUCAAUUUUCCCGACUACUCCAUCACCCGUUGCCGAGAGCGAUUCGUCAGAGAAGAAGAAAAAAAAGAAGAAAGCGGUUGUGGAGGAGGAGAAGUCGAAGAAGAAGAAAAAAGCCAAGAAUCCGGAACCCGAUUUGCUGGGAGGGCUGAUGGGGUCAGCUCCGGAAAGGGUUGUCAAGCCAAAAAAGCCAGACGGUGAUGCAAGAAGUGCUUUGGAGGAAUUUCUUGGAGGGCCAUUAAGUGAACAAGACGGUGAUUAUGAUCCGCUG